CUUGACAGCGAAACGACGAACAGGGAAGGAUGAUGAAGCUAAAAUGGCAGCUCAACUGACGGUGCUGCCAAUUCUGGGUGAAGAAAUACACAAUGAACAAACUAGAACAAAAGGCGAUAUGACACAUUUUCUUUGAUAUUCUUUGCUUUAAUCCUGAAUUAAAAGACGAUAUGGUUUGAGAUUCAGAAUUCCGGGAAAGAAAGAACGAUUCGACGCUCUGAAAUUAGAAGCAUAUUUCCCAGUUGCAUCGCGCGGGCUAAAUUUUUUUCCGUUUUUGGAAGAUACACUGGGAUGUAACAAUUCUGUUGUUUUUGCAGUACAGGAUGGACAAAUGACGCGAAAUAUAGGCUUUUAAAAUGACCGUUGAGAUAUAAUUGAAAACUAUCUAAUUGUUUUUUUAAAUGUAAUAUAUGCAUUGUUCUCCAAAACGAUGAUGUGUGCUGCUGCUGCAGCCGGUGGAGGGAUUCUUCCAUCCACAUCGCCUUCGAUGAGGAUAGGCAUCAGGGUCAUUUCUGGAGUUGGUGACGAUUUCUCCUCCAUUGGGUCGGGUAUGGGUUCGUGUCAAACACCGGGAACCCAGUCGGAUUGCCGAAGUCGGUACCAGCUUCUACUCUCUGGGCGAGCUUUGGCGGAAAGAUACAGAAGGAUUUAUACCACGGCUAUCAAUGACAAAGAGCAAGGGAUAAACCAAGGAAGGGGAAAGAAAACUUUGAGCAAGAAGAAGCUGAAACGGCGCCAAAAGGUCAAAUCAAAAGUCAAAACAAGAACCAAGACGGAUAACCUCGAUGGGGCCUUCUGUGUGCCGGACAUCAAGCUGCACAGCAACCCAUCGGCGUUCAAUGUGUACUGCAACGUGCGCCACUGCGUGCUGGACUGGCAGCAACGGGAGUCGUCCCUGGCCUCACAAAGCUCUGUGCAGAGCGGUGACUCUGACAGCGAGGAGGAGGAGGAGUACCGUGAGCCCGCCAUCAAGCUGCCCAAGAUCAUUGGCAUCGGUCUGUGUGGGGUGUUUGAGCUGAUCAAGGAGACGCGGUUCUCCCACCCUUCCCUGUGUCUGCGCAGCCUUCAGGCCCUGCUGCAUAUGCUGCAGGGACAACAACCAGAGGGCUUCCAGACGGAACCUCCUGAUGUACUGGAGUCUCUGUUCCAACUGCUGCUGGAGACGACAGUGCGCAGCACGGGGAUGAACGACCCUACUGGGCAGGCCCUCACCGCCCUGUCCUGUGCCUGCCUCUUCAGCCUGGUGGUGUCCUGGGGAGACACAGGCAAGACCCUGCAGGCCGUCUCCGCCAUCCUCACCAACAACGGCAGUCAUGCCUGCCAGACUAUCCAGGUGCCGACCAUUCUGAACGCGCUACAGAGGAGCGUGCAGGCUGUGCUGGUGGGCAAGAUCCAGAUCCAGGACUGGUUCGGCAACGGCAUCAAGCGGGUGGCGCUGAUGAACAAGUGGGUGUUGAAGGAGGUGACGAUCGACGAGGAUGAGCGCUGCCUGCUGCAGACCGAUGGCUCCUUCCUCUACCUGCUCUGCAAGGACGGCCUCUACAAAGUGGGCUCCGGCUACAGCGGCACUGUCAGGGGCCAUGUGUAUAAUUCCACAUCACGCAUCAGGAAUCGGAAGGAGAAGAGAUCGUGGUUGGGUUUUGCUCAGGGCUGCCUGUUGUACCGGGAUAUGAGUAACAACCACAGUACGUCGGCCAUCAAGAUCAACCCAGAGACUCUGGAGCAUGAGGGAACCAUCACCAUGCCAGGCCUACAGGCAGACGGCCAGAACAUAGUCUUCACUGACGGAGAGUACAUCAACCAGAUUGCUGCCUGCAAAGAUGACGGGUUUGUGGUGAGGAUAUACGCGACCAGUACGGACCCGGCACUGCAGCAGGAGCUCCAGUUGAAACUGGCCAGGAAGUGUCUCCAUGCCUGCGGCAUCUCUCUAUUUGACCUGGAGAAAGACUUACACAUUAUUAGUACGGGGUUUGACGAGGAGGCAGCAUUGCUGGGAGCAGGCAGGGAAUUUGCUUUGAUGAAAACAGCCUCAGGAAAGGUCUACUACACAGGGAAGUACCAGAGCCUGGGCAUCAAGCAGGGUGGUCCGUUGGCAGGUAAAUGGGUGGAACUGCCCAUCACCAAGUCACCUAAGAUCGUCCAGUUCUCGGUGGGUCACGACGGCUCACACGCCCUGCUGGUGGCAGAGGAUGGCAGCGUGUUCUUUACUGGCUCCGCGAGCAAGGGAGAAGAUGGAGAGUCCACCAAGAGCCGGCGCCAGCCGAAGCCCUACAAGCCCAAGAAGAUGAUGAAGCUGGAGACCAAGACGGCGGUGAACACGGCUUGCAACAACGGCAGCAGCAGCAUCGUCACCAAGGAUGGAGAGCUAUACAUGUUCGGCAAGGACGCUAUUUACAGCGACAGCACCUGCCAGGUGUCAGACCUGAAGGGUCACAUUGUAACCCAGGUAGCCAUGGGGAAGGCCCACACCUGUGUCUUGACUAAGAGUGGAGAGGUCUGGACGUUUGGGGUCAACAACAAGGGCCAGUGUGGCCGAGAAACAGGGGCCAUGAACCAGGCGGGGAAAGCAUUUGGCGUGGAAAGCAUGGCGACGGCCAUGGAUGAGGACCUGGAGGAUGAGCUGGAGGAGAAGGAGGAGAAGAGCAUGAUGUGCCAGCCGGGCAUGCACAAGUGGAAGCUGGAUCAGUGCAUGGUGUGCACCGUGUGUGGAGACUGCACUGGCUAUGGAGCCAGCUGUGUCAGCAGCGGACGGCCCGACAGAGUACCCGGAGGUAUCUGUGGCUGUGGUUCUGGGGAGUCUGGCUGCUCAGCGUGUGGCUGCUGCAAAGCCUGCGCCAGGGAGCUUGAUGGACAGGAGGUCAGACAGAGGGGCAUCUUCGACGCUGUCAAGGAGAUGAUACCACUAGAUCUACUACUAGCUGUGCCUGUCCCCCCCCCCCCAGGAGUCAACAUCGAAGAGCACAUCCAGAUCCGGCAGGAGGAGAAACGUCAGCGGAUCAACCGCCGACAUCGGCUGGAAGAGGGACGAGGCCCCAUUGUUUUCCCUGGCCCCAUAUUAAUGAACCAGCGUGAGCAGGCCCUAGUCAGACUCAGACCCCUAAGGCAUAAGCGGGACAAGCACACAGACGGGAACAGUGAGCGAGGGGAAAAGGACGCCAGUAAGAUCACCACUUAUCCCCCGGGGGCGGUGCGCUUCGACUGCGAGAUGAGAGCUGUGCAGGUUAGCUGCGGCUUCCACCAUUCAGUGGUGCUGAUGGAGAAUGGGGAUGUCUAUACGUUUGGCUACGGUCAGCAUGGCCAGCUUGGACACGGAGAUGUCAACUCAAGGGGUUCUCCCACGCUGGUACAGGCCCUCCCAGGUCCGAGUGUCCAGGUGACAGCUGGUAGUAACCACACAGCUGUGCUUCUCAUGGACGGACAAGUCUUCACCUUCGGCAGCUUCUCGAAAGGGCAGCUGGGUCGGCCAAUCCUGGAUAUGCCCUACUGGAACGCCAAGCCUUCCCCCAUGCCCAACAUUGGCGCCAAGUAUGGCCGCAAGGCCACCUGGAUCGGGGCCAGUGGGGACCAGACCUUCCUGAGGAUCGACGAGGCCCUAAUCAACUCGCACGUCCUUGCUACCUCCGAGAUCUUUGCUAGCAAACACAUCAUUGGCUUAGUCCCCACCUCAGUGUCGGAGCCCCCCCCCUUUAAAUGCCUGCUGAUCAACAAGCUGGAUGGCAGCUGCCGCACCUUCAAUGACUCAGAGCAGGAGGACCUGCAGGGCUUCGGCCUCUGUCUUGACCCAGUCUACGACGUCAUCUGGAGAUUUCUGCCGGCAUCGAGGGAGAUGUGGUGCUACAACGCCGUGAUUGCCGAUGCCCGUGUGCCCUCGGCCACGGACCUCCAGGCCAGCUGCAGCAUCCUCAGCCCAGAGCUGGCACUGCCCGCCGGCUCCCACACCACCACCACCCGCUCCCACGGAGCCCUGCACAUACUGGGUUGCCUGGAUACGCUGGCGACCAUGCAGGAGCUAAAGAUGGGUGUGACCAGCACAGAAGAGGAGACUCAGGCCGUUAUGAAGGUCUACUCCAAAGAAGACUACAGCGUGGUCAACCGCUUUGAGAGUCACGGGGGUGGCUGGGGUUACUCUGCCCACUCGGUGGAGGCCAUCCGCUUCUGUGCUGAUGCAGACAUCCUGCUGGGGGGGCUGGGCCUGUUCGGGGGCCGUGGGGAGUACACCGCUAAGAUCAAGUUGUUUGAGCUGGGGCCUGAUGGUGGAGACCAUGAGACAGAUGGGGACCUCAUGGCUGAGACUGACGUCCUGGCCUACGACUGCGCUGCCAGGGAGAAGUACGCCAUGAUGUUUGACGAGCCGGUGCUGCUGCAGCUUGGCUGGUGGUAUGUGGCCUGGGCCCGGGUGUCUGGGCCCAGCUCAGACUGUGGCUCCCACGGACAGGCCACCAUCACCACAGAUGACAGUGUGGUCUUUCAGUUCAAGAGUUCCAAGAAGUCAAACAACGGUACCGACGUGAAUGCAGGUCAAAUACCUCAGCUAUUGUACAGACUUCCGUCGAACGAUGGCAACGCAGCCAAAGGGAAACAGCAGACCAGUGAGCCGGUUCACAUCCUCAAACGCUCCUUCGCCCGAACCGUCUCAGUGGAGUGUUUUGAGUCCCUGCUGAGGAUCCUCCACUGGAGCUGGACCACCCUGGUGCUGGGGGUGGAGGAGCUGAGAGGCCUGAAAGGCUUUCAGUACACGGCUACCCUGCUGGACCUGGAGCGUCUGCGCUUCGUAGGGACCUGCUGCCUUCGCCUGCUCCGUGUCUAUAUCUGUGAGAUCUUCCCCAUCUCUGGCCGCUGUCCUAUUCCUGUUCCCCCCUCUUCCUCCUCACCAGCCAGCACCAAGGCGGUGGUGGAGGAGUCCAGCAAGCUGGCGGAGUGCGUGGGCAAGACCCGUAGUUUGCUCAAGAAGAUCCUGUCAGAGGGCAUGGACAACUGCCUGACCAAGCUGGACAACGACCCCCAGGGCUACCUCUCCCAGCCCCUCACCCUGCUGGAGGCCGUGCUGCAAGAGUGCCACAACACCUUCACCGCCUGCUUCCACUCCUUCUACCCCACGCCUGCGCUGCAGUGGGCCUGCCUCUGCGACUUGCUCAACUGCCUUGACCAGGACAUUGCCGAGGCCAAUUUCCGCACAUCGAGCAGCCGACUGUUAGCGGCGGUGAUGUCUGCGCUGUGCAACACAUCAGUCAAGCUGACAUCCAUCUUGCCCAUUGCGUACGACGGCGAAGUGCUGCUGCGCUCGCUGGUCAAACAGGUCAGCACGGAGAACGACUCGGCGCUCGCCCAUCGCUUCCCCCUGCUGGUUGCACACAUGGAGAAACUCAGCCACACAGAGGAGAACCUGAUGGGGAUGACAAGUUUCAGGGAGGUUCUCGAGAAGAUGCUGGUGAUUGUAGUGCUGCCAGUGAGGAAGAGCCUGAGAAAGGAGGUGGAGCUCUUCUCUCCCCACCUGGUCUCCAACACCUGUGGCCUGCUGGCCAGCAUAGUCUCUGAGCUCACAGCCUCUGCACUGGGCUCCGAGGUGGACGGUCUAAACUCGCUUCACUCUGUGAAGUCCACUCCCAAUCGCUUCACCAAGAUGAGCCAGGGCCGCAGCUGGAACACGGGCAACGGCUCUCCAGAUGCCAUCUGUCUGACGGUGGACAAGCCCGGCGUGGUGCUGGUGGGCUUCUGUGUCUAUGGUGGCGGGGGCAUCCAUGAGUAUGAGUUGGAGGUGCUCGCUGAUGACGCCCAGACAGAGCACCCCGGGGACUCAGCCCACACCCAUAGGUGGACGUCUCUGGAGCUGGUCAAGGGAACCUACAGCACCGAUGACUCCCCCAGCGACAUUGCCGAGAUACGCCUCGACAAGGCCGUGCCACUCAAGGAGGGUGUGAAAUACGCUGUCCGCCUGCGUAACUAUGGUAGCCGAACAGCCAAUGGGGACGGAGGGAUGACCACGGUUCAGUGUUCUGACGGCAUGGCCUUCACCUUCAGCACCUGUAGCCUGAGCAGCAACGGGACCAACCAGACCAGAGGACAGAUACCACAGAUACUGUACUACAGGAGUGAGUAUGACGGGGAUCUGCAGUCCCAGCUGCUGAGCAAAGCCAAUGAAGAGGACAAGAACUGCAGCAGGGCUCUCUCAGUGGUCAGUGCAGUGGUCAGAGCUGCCAAAGAUCUCCUUCACAGGGCGUUCGCUGUGGAUGCGGAGGACAUCCCUGAGCUGCUGAGCUCUUCCAGUCUGUUCUCUAUGCUGCUCCCCCUCAUCCUGGCCUACAUCGGCCCUGUGGCUACCUCAGUACCCAAGGCCGCAGUGGAAGUCUUUGGUCUGGUCCAGGAGUUACUUCCUGCUGCCUCCGCUCUGAACCAGAAAUAUGCCCCACCGGCUUUCAACCCCAACCAAUCAACAGACAGCACUACGGGCAACCAGCCGGAGCAGGGCCUAUCAGCUUGCACCACCUCCAGUCACUAUGCUGUGAUAGAGAGUGACCACCCUUACAAGCAGGCCGGAGUCGCACAGUAUAAGGUGUCGUUCCCGGACUGCGUGCGGUGGACCACCAUCGAGUUUGACCCCCAGUGUGGCACGGCCCAGCCCGAGGAUGUCCUCCGCCUGCUCAUCCCGAGCCGCUCAAUCCACCUGUCCAGCCUCGCCACCAAGCCCCUGGCCCAUGACACCAUCAACACCUGGGUGGAGCUCAAGAAGAUCUCCGGCUCCAAUGGCUGGCCCACCACCGUUCUAGUGCUGCCAGGAAACGAGGCCCUGUUCUCCUUGGAAACAGCCUCUGACUACGUAAAAGACGAGAAGGCCUGUUUCUACGGCUUCAAAUGUGUUGCCGUGGGAUACGAAUUCAACCCUGGACCAGAUGAGGGUAUUAUCCAGCUGGAGAAGGAGUUGGCAUACUUGGGCAGUGUGUGUGCUGCUGCUCUUAUGAAGAAGGAUCUGGCUCUGCCCAUAGGGAACGAACUUGAAGAGGACCUUGAGAUUCUUGAAGAGGCCUCUCUCCAGGUGUGUAAGGCCCACUCAGGUAUCCUGGGCAAGGGGCUGGUCCUGUCCCACUCCCCCACCAUCCUAGAGGCUCUGGAGGGCAACCUGCCCCUGCACCUGCAGACCAACGAGCACUCCUUCCUGGAGGACUUCAUUACCUGUGUGCAGAACUCCAGCGGAGGACGCCUGGCCAGGUGGCUGCAGCCAGACUCGUACGCAGACCCCCAGAAGACGUCUCUGAUUCUGAACAAGGAUGACAUCCGCUGCAGCUGGCCCACCACAGUGGCCGUCCAGACCAAAGACCAGUACGGAGACAUAGUGCACGUGCCAAACAUGAAGGUGGAGGUGAAGGCGGUGCCCGUCUCCCAGAAGAAGUCCAUGCAGCAGGAGUGCAUGAGGAAGCUGCAGCGUCUCCCAGGCAGCACCAACCCCUCCUUCUCGGGCACCGCUGACCUUACGUUUGGGGGCCUGCCCAUGCCGAAGCUGGAGGCCACCUAUGAGCCCAUGAUCGUCAAGGAAGCGCGCUACAUUGCCAUCACAAUGAUGAAGGCCUAUGAGAAUUACUCAUUUGAGGAGCUUCGCUUUGCUUCACCCACUCCAAAGAGGCCCAGUGAGAACAUGUUGAUCCGGGCUAACACAGACGGGACGUACAGUGCCAACUGGACCCCCGGGGCUGUGGGCCUCUACACAAUCCACGUCACCAUUGACGGCAUUGAGAUCGGUAACGUAGAACAGGAUGCUGGUCUGGAGGUGGAGGUGAAAGACCCUCCUAAAGGCAUGAUCCCACCUGGCACACAGAUGGUCAAACCCAAGGCCGAGCCCCAACCUAGCAAGGUCCGCAAAUUUGUGUCCAAGGACAGCGCAGGCCUCCGUGUGCGUAGUCACCCUUCCCUGCAGAGCGAACAGAUAGGCAUAGUGCAAGUCAAUGGCACCAUCACUUUCAUUGAUGAGAUCCACAAUGAUGAUGGUGUUUGGCUCAGGCUGAAUGAUGAGACAGUAAAGAAGUAUGUGCCCAACAUGAAUGGGUACACUGAAGCCUGGUGCCUCUCUUUUAACCAGCAUGUGGGCAGGAGCCUGCUGGUCCCAGCCAACGAGGCAGGAGGCCAAUCGGAGCAGAGUGUUAAGGAGGUGAGCUCCAGCGGCCGCCCCUCCCAAGAGGCCCCCUCCAUGCAGGAGCAGGACAGGGUGGGGCAGAGGGGCGGCCCUGGGCUUUAUAAGGUAGUGAAGACGGGUCCCUCGGGUCACAACAUCAGAAGCUGUCCAAACCUUAGGGGUAUCCCCAUUGGAAUGUUAGUACUUGGGAACACGGUCAAGGCAGUAGGCGAGGUGGUAAACACGGAGGGGACGUGGGUGCAGCUGGACAAAAACAGUGUGGUGGAGUUCUGCGAGAGCGACGAAGGAGAGGCCUGGUCUCUGGCCCGAGACCGUGGGGGAAACCAGUACCUACGCCAUGAGGAAGAACAAACCCUUCUGGAGCAUGGGGCCCAGACACCACCACCUAGCCCCUUCUCUGUCCAGGCCUUCAACAGGGCUACUGCAGCCAAUGGGGCACAGGGCUUUGACUACGGUAUCUCAAACAACAAAGGUGACCAAAGGUUGACUGCCAUACUGAAUAGUGCCAUUCAGUCUGGGCCCUUCCUCCCUCCAGCUGCUCCUCCCUCCUCUUCCUCCGUAUUUGAGCAAGCCGCCCAACCUCCCUCCUCCUCCCUUGUCCACAGCCCAUUUGUGUUUGGACAAUGCCCCAGGUCCCAAGUGUCUCAGCCGCAGCCACAGCUUCCGAAUGGUUCUUCAUCACGCAGCCUUGCUUCUUCUCACGAGCGGGUGCACAAAAGCAGUGCGUCCGCGGCUGGGCAUGGUUCUGCACUCUCAUCUCUUGCUCUCAGGCAAAAGGGUAACUUAGGGGCACGGCCCAUGUCCCCGGCCACCAAACAACGACUGGAAAGUCGCUCCCCAAAACAAGAGGGGCGUGGCGGUCGCGCCUCGGAACAGUCCAAAAGUAAAGAUCCGCCGGACAGCGAAGCGCUUAUCCUGCGGUCGGACACUGCCAAGCUGCGGUCGGACUCCCAUAGCCGCUCCCACUCGCCCAACCACAACACCCUGCAGGCACUGAAGGCCGACGGGCGUGAUCGUAACUCCUCCGGGCUGCGCGCCGAGUCGCCUAACCAUGGCUCCCGCUCCACUUCGCCCAAACAGAAGGGCCUUUCCUCCACCUCGGGGAGGUCUAGCCCCUCCAGCACCUCCUCACCCCGCUCCUCCACCCAGCACGACAAGAACUUUGCUCAGGACAAGAACCAACCAACUGACAAGCAUAUGCCACAAGACAAGAACCAACCAAUUGACAAGAACCAACCCCAUGACCAGAACCUCCCUCCCAAUGUCAGCCCCUCCAAGGCUCGGCUGGACCCGCCCAGAGAAAGGUCCAAGUCGGACUCGUACACCCUGGACCCGGACACCCUGAGGAAGAAGGUCCCUCUCACCUCAGAGCCCCUAAGGGGAAGGUCCACCUCGCCCAAACCCAAACUACCACCCAAGGACGGGAGCAGCAAAGGAGGAGAUAGGAAUGCGGAGAACCGCACCCCGUCGCCCCAUGUGACCCAGGAGAACCUCCACAGCGAGGUGGUGGAGGUGUGUACGUCUAGUGCUCUUCUUUCCAAUGAUGAUGAGGGAAACAAUGAAAACGUGGAGGUGAGGAAUGCAGAGGAGGGCUCCUCAAAGGUGCACUUCAGCAUCGGCAAGGCACCCGUGAAGGAGGAGCUGGAGAGCAGCCGCUUGUCGCCCAAAGUCAGCCGCAAGACCUCCAGCCGACACGUGCGCCCCAAGAAGGACAAGUCGGGGCCGCUCUUCAAGGGUGAGAGCUCGUCGAGGGUCACCGAGCCCGCCAAGCAGGCCAUGUCACCCUCAGUUGCAGAGUGUGCCCGGGCGGUCUUCGCCGCGUUCCUCUGGCACGAGGGUAUCGUCCACGACGCCAUGGCCUGCUCCUCGUUCCUCAAGUUCAACCCAGAGCGGACCAAGGAGCACGCGCCCAUCCGCAGCUCGCUGGGUGGCCAGGGCGGCCAAGAGGAGAAGGAAAGCAAGCUGAAGAACCGCCACUCACUGGAGAUAUCCUCGGCCCUCAAUAUGUUCAACAUCUCCCCGCAUGGGCCAGACAUCUCCAAGAUGGGCAGUAUCAACAAGAACAAGGUCCUGUCAAUGCUCAAAGAGCCUCCCCUGCCCGAAAAGUGCGAGGAUGGCAAGGGGGAGCACGUCUCCUUUGAGGUGGCCACUCACCCUACCAUGAGGGCUAAGUCCAUCCUGCCGCUCACCCUCCAGCACCUCGUUGCAUUCUGGGAGGACAUCUCAAUGGCAACCAUCAAGGCAGCCACCCAAAACAUGAUUUUCCCCAGCCCGGGCUCCAGCGCCAUCCUGAAGAAAAAGGAGAACGAGAAGGACACUAAGAAGUCCAAGAAGGAGAAAAAGAAAAGAGAUAAGGCGGAGGUGCGCCCCAGGGGGAACCUGUUUGGGGAGAUGGCCCAGCUGGCCAUGGGGGGACCGGAGAAGGACACCAUCUGUGAGCUGUGUGGGGAGUCGCACCCCUACCCUGUCACCUACCACAUGAGGCAGGCCCACCCAGGUUGUGGUCGCUAUGCGGGAGGCCAGGGCUAUAACAGCAUUGGCCACUUCUGUGGGGGCUGGGCGGGAAACUGUGGAGACGGCGGGAUCGGAGGAAGUACCUGGUACCUGGUGUGUGACCGUUGCAGGGAGAAGUACCUAAGAGAGAAGCAGACUGCAGCCAGGGAAAAGGUGAAGCAGUCGAGGAAGAAGCCCCUGCAGGUGAAGACGCCGCGGGCGCUUCCCACCAUGGAGGCCCACCAGGUGAUCCGUGCCAACGCCCUGUUCCUGCUGUCCUUAAGCAGUGCUGCUGAGCCCAGCCUGCUGUGCCACCACCCGCCUCGCCCGCUCCACUCCACACUGCCCAGCCUCAAGGAGGGUGUCUCGGACGAGAUUCCCAACAAGAUCGGCUGCCUCUAUCUGCAGACGCUGGCCAGGCAACACACAGAGAACUUUGGUGGGUACACAGAUGACAACCUGUUCCAGGACGAGAUGAGGUACCUGCGCUCCACAUCUGUCCCUGCGCCCUACAUCUCAGUCACCCCUGACGCUUGCCCCAACGUGUUCGAGGAGCCCGAGAGCAACAUGAAAUCCAUGCCCCCCAGUCUAGAGACCAGCCCAAUCACAGACAGUGACUUGUCCAAGCGGACGGUGUUCCAGAGGUCCUACUCUGUGGUGGCCUCUGAGUACGACAAGCAGCAUUCGGCCUCCCCGGCCAGGGUCAAAGCCGUGCCCAGACGCAGAGUCCACAGUGGGGAUGCAGAAGUGGGUUCCUCUCUGUUGCGCCACCCGUCCCCGGAACUGUCCCGUCUAAUCUCGGCCCAUGGAUCCCUCAGUAAGGGCGAGAGGAACUUCCAGUGGCCUGUCCUGGCCUUCGUCAUCCAGCACCACGACCUGGAGGGUCUGGAGGUGGCCAUGAAGCAUGCCCUCCGCAAGUCUGCCUGCAGGGUCUUCGCCAUGGAGGCAUUCAACUGGCUGCUGUGUAACGUGAUCCAGACCACUUCGCUGCACGAUAUCCUGUGGCACUUUGUCGCCUCCCUCACCCCGUCACCAUUUGAACCCGAGGAAGAGGAGGAGGAUGAAAAUAAAGCCCAUGGGAACAAGGAAAUUGUGAUUGAGCAGGAGAGGGACUUUGGAGUGUGUGAGCACCCGCUGUCUGACAUUGUGAUUGCCGGGGAGGCCGCCCACCCCCUCCCACACACCUUCCACCGCCUCCUCCAGACCAUCUCUGACCUCAUGAUGUCACUUCCUAGUGGCAGCUCCCUGCAGCAGAUGGCCCUCAGGUGUUGGAGUCUGAAGUUCAAACAGUCAGACCACCAGUUCCUGCACCAGAGCAACGUGUUCCACCACAUCAACAACAUCCUGUCCAAGUCGGACGAUGGCGACAGCGAGGAGAGCUUCAACAUCAGUGUGCAGUCUGGCUACGAGGCCAUGAGCCAGCUGGGAGGUGUUGAACAUCAUUUGACCUUCCAGGAGCUGUGCCUGGUGACCAGUCUGAAGGACCUGACCAUCUUGGUGGACAUCAAGACGUCCAGCCGACCUGCCAUGAUUGGCAGCCUAACGGACGGCUCCACUGAGACCUUUUGGGAGUCGGGAGAUGAGGACAAAAACAAGACCAAGAGCAUCACCAUCAGCUGCGUCAAGGGCAUCAACGCCUCCUACGUCACCGUGCACGUGGACAACUCCCGCGAUAUCGGGAACAAAGUCACCUCCGUGACGUUCCUGUGUGGCAAAGCCGUGGAGGACCUCUGCAGAAUCAAACAGAUCGACCUCGACUCGCGUCACAUGGGCUGGGUGACCAGCGAGGUUCCUGGGGGAGACCACCAUGUGAUCAAGGUGGAGCUGAAGGGGCCUGAGAACACGCUGCGGGUGCGCCAGGUCAAGGUGUUGGGAUGGAAGGAGGGCGAGAGCAUCAAGAUUGCGGGGCAGAUCUCGGCCAGCGUGGCUCAACAGAAGAACUGUGAGGCCGAGACACUCCGCGUGUUCCGCCUCAUUACCUCACAGGUGUUUGGGAAGCUGAUCUGCGGAGAUGCUGAGCCCACCCCUGAACAGGAGGAGAAGAACCUGCUGUCAUCACCAGAGGGAGAGGAUAAGGCGCCUUCAGAUGCAGACCUGAAGGAACACAUGGUGGGCAUAAUUUUCAGCCGGAGCAAGCUGACCAACCUGCAGAAACAGGUGUGCGCCCACAUAGUCCAGGCCAUUCGCAUGGAGGCGACCCGUGUGCGUGAGGAAUGGGAGCAUGCCAUCUCCAGCAAGGAAAACGCCAACUCGCAGCCCAGCGAUGACGACGCCUCCUCAGACGCCUACUGCUUCGAGUUGCUCUCCAUGGUGCUGGCACUGAGCGGCUCCAACGUGGGCCGCCAAUACCUGGCCCAGCAGCUAACACUGAUGCAGGACCUGUUCUCGCUGCUGCACACGGCCUCGCCGCGUGUCCAGAGACAGGUGACCUCUCUCCUCCGUCGUGUCCUCCCCGAGGUGGCGCCUGUGCGCCUGGCCAGCAUCAUCGGCGUCAAGGCCCUGCCGCCUGCUGAUAUCAGUGACAUCAUCCACUCGACCGAGAAGGGUGACUGGAACAAGCUGGGCAUCCUGGACAUGUUCCUAGGCUGCAUCGCCAAGGCACUCACCGUGCAGCUCAAGGCCAAGGGCACCACCAUUUCCGGCACGGCGGGCAUGGCGGCAGGCAAAGGCGUUACCACGGUCACACUGCCCAUGAUCUUCAACUCCAGCUACAUACGCCGGGGGGAGAGCCACUGGUGGAUGAAGGGAUCCACUCCCCCUCAGAUCGCUGAGAUCAUCAUCAAGCUGGUCAAAGACAUGGCUGCCGGACACCUGUCGGACGCCUGGUCUCGGGUGACGAAGAACGCCAUUGCUGAGACCAUCAUCGCCCUCACCAAGAUGGAGGAGGAGCAUCGCUCGCCAGUCCGCUGCAUCGCCACCACCCGGUUGUGGCUGGCACUGGCCUCUCUGUGUGUGUUGGACCAGGAUCAUGUGGACAGGCUGUCCUCGGGCCGCUGGAUGGGCAAAGAUGGACAGCAGAAACAGAUGCCUAUGUGCGAUAACCAUGACGACAGCGAGACUGCAGCCAUCAUCCUGUGUAACAUGUGUGGUAAUCUGUGUACCGACUGUGACCGCUUCCUCCACCUGCACCGACGCACACGCUCCCAUCAGAGACAGGUGUUUAAGGAGGAAGAGGAGGCAAUCAAAGUGGACCUCCACGAGGGCUGUGGGAGGACAAAGCUCUUCUGGCUCAUGGCUCUGGCCGAUUCUAAGACCAUGAAGGCCAUGGUGGAGUUUAGGGAGCACACAGGGAAACCAGCCUCCAGCAGCUCAGACGCCUGUAGGUUCUGUGGCACCAGGAACGGCACCGAGCUCUCAGCCGUUGGCAGUGUCUGCUCUGACCCAGACUGCCAGGAGUAUGCCAAGCUGGCGUGCAGUAAGACGCACGCGUGCGGCCACCCCUGUGGCGGGGUGAAGAACGAGGAGAGCUGUCUGCCCUGUCUGCACGGCUGCGACAAAAGCACAGGCUGCCUGAAACAGGACGCCGACGACAUGUGCAUGAUCUGCUUCACAGAGGCACUCUCUGCCGCUCCCGCUGUCCAGUUGGACUGCAGUCACGUGUUCCAUCUCCAGUGUACCCGUCGUGUUCUGGACAACCGCUGGCUCGGACCCAGGAUCACUUUUGGCUUCAUGUCCUGCCCAAUCUGCAAGAACAAGAUCAACCACUCGGUCAUCAAGGACCUGCUGGACCCUAUCAAGGAGCUGUUUGAGGACGUACGGAGGAAAGCUCUGAUGAGAAUGGAGUACGAGGGUCUGCACAAGAGCGAGGCCAUCACCACGCCCGGUGCCCGCUUCCACAAUGAUCCAGCCGGCUUCGCAAUGAACCGAUACGCCUACUACGUCUGCUACAAGUGCAAGAAGGCAUACUUUGGGGGAGAGGCGCGCUGUGACGCGGAGGCAGGACAGGGAGACGACUACGACCCCAGCGAGCUGAUAUGUGGAGCAUGCUCAGAUGUGUCCAGGGCACAGAUGUGUUCCAAGCACGGGACAGACUUUCUGGAGUACAAAUGCCGUUACUGCUGCUCGGUGGCUGUUUUCUUCUGCUUCGGCACCACUCACUUCUGUAAUGCCUGCCAUGAUGACUUCCAGAAGAUGACCAGUGUACCCAAGGAGGAGCUGCCUCACUGUCCUGCAGGUCCCAAAGGCAAGCAGUUGGAGGGGACGGAGUGCCCCUUACACGUGGUUCACCCUCCCACCGGCGAGGAGUUUGCCCUGGGCUGUGGAGUGUGCAGGAACGCCCAUACCUUCUAAAAUCACCCAGUUCUGAAAACCCAGAGACCUGUACCGAACACUCGUUCUUCUUCUGUGACUGCAGGCUGUUGGCUGCAGCCGGGGCCCAGCCUGUCAAGUAUUUCCUCGUGUUGGCUCUCGUUGUCAGGUGGCCAUGGACACUGUUUCAGGUAUUUCUAACGUACCCAAGAGUCCUAAGUUGUGCUCUUCGACAUACCAAUCAAAGUCUUCAAGGCUUUACUACAAAAACAGCUCUCUGUGGAUUCCAGAGGAAACUCCCAUGUAAAAAAAAAUAUAUUAUUAGUAUUAUUAUUUUUUUUAACUUGUGACAUGUUUGCAUGCGGCCGUUGUAACCCCUCGGCUUCCAUAGACGUUGCACACCUCCCCGAUCACUGAAGUGUAAAAAAGUAUUUAAAAAUUGUAUAUGAAAUACAUUUUGCUGAGGCAACUGUGGAUGGACUUGGAUAUAUAAAAGGAAAAAAAAUGUGACAGGCCUUAUUUCCAGCUUCCUAACUAUGAAUUCUAAAUAUUGUUGUAUGUAAACAGACUUUUUUUUUCCCGUAAUCCUGUACAGUAUUCUCUCCACUGUCGAGUGCAUCAGGGGACAACAACAAAAAAAGAGGAGAAUUCUGAUGAGGGGGUGAAAAAGUGUACGAUUUAUCUAAUCUUGUAUAUAAUGAUAGUAUCCAAAAUAGCUGUAUUCCGAAGUUGCUACUCUACACUUCAGUUUCGUUUGAUAUUCUGGGUUAUGUUUUGAGCCAGAACUUUUAAUGAAGUGCAAUACUGAGUGUGCCUCCUAUCUUGCAGCAGUUUAACCUAUGGAAUGUAUGUCAAUAAAAGCCACUGUACUUUUUUAUACAGUGAUAAACACAGUCGUGUAUUACCCCAAUUCAAAAUGUCAGAUCACUUAUGUUCUCUGAAAAUGCAGCGGAUCCCAGCGUCGUCAGUGUAUGAAGGUUGAUUGAUGUGAACCCUUUUUUUAGUUCCUCAAUUAGACAAAUAACGUGGUGGUACAAACUUUUUUUCUGUCAUUUUUUUUAAACAACUGAGAAGGUGAUUACGCUAUAGGCUACCAUUGUAUUGUAAAGGAGUGCUAACUGAACGUGUUGGGGGCCAGUCUUCUUCACCAAAUAUAAAAAAUAAUUGUGAUUCUGUAAUGCUUCUCCAUCAUUAGGAGGCAGGCGGGACAUAUGGGUAUGGGGGUUUGAGAGAAAAAACAAACAGCUGCUGUUAUAAAAGCUUAAUACUUGUGAUUCUGUAUCUGUGAUGGAUGGAGUUGAAUGGUAAUAAACCAGGUUCUCUGUUUCGCAAGGUACAUUCAA